AUGACAGGGCAACCAGCGCACCAUAGGAUUGGCAAUUGUCCCCAUCCACAGGCACAGAUUGCGCAGUCAUGGAUGGACCAGGUGAUCGAACAGGUGGUCCACCAGCCACGUGGGGCCGGACGGCGAGGGUAUGAGGCAUAUGCGGCAUGUUUUGGAUGCCAUUCCCCGCAGUGGAUUUGCCAACAGUGGGAGAGCAACGGCUACGGUGGUUACCAGAAGACGCACGAGCGGUGUCAAUAUCCCCAUGUGGCGAUUCCGAUCAUGGGACAGUUAUUGCAUGGACCGCAGCGGCAUUCAAUCCGUGUAGCAUGGCAACAGCGAAUGCAGGCCCAGUUCCCCGGGGUGGACAUUGACGAUGAGCGAGGGUUGAUUGGACAUUUCCAACGGCGAUUUGGGCGACGUGGUGAGGAGCGCAGCGGAUUGGUGGUAGAGAUGAAUUGGAUGUGUGAAUUUAUCGAGCGGGAAUUCCCCGCGUGA